CACGUUUGUCAUCUGCUAUUUUGUGAAGCUAAAAAUUCAUUCUGUUAUUACGUUUCAUAAUAAAUUUUUGAAUUAACUUCCAUGAAAAAAUUAUACUGAUAUAUCAGUUUAAUAUUCUAGAAAAGUGUUCAUUUUAUAAGUUUUAAUGCGUUCAAAAAUUCCUUUUUUUUUUUUUUUUUUUUUUUUUUUUUUUGUUCGUGGCUUACGCCGUUUUAAAUAUGCACUUCGGUUUUAUCUUUGUCUAUUUUAGCAUAAGAAGAAAUUUGAUGUUUAUCUUAUAUUAACUCCUAAAUUGAUCUCCCAAACCAAUUUGCUUAUGAUGUGGAGGGUUUAUUGUUUUCGUGAUCUAUAUUUCUUAAAAUAUUUUCGUCUUUACAUAGCCUUUUUUGUGUGUCUGCUGUUAACUUUAUACAUAACUUUAAAUUAUACAAAUAAAAACCAAGUAAAUGUAAAUUGCCUUUUAUCAACUACUGAAAGGAACUUUAAUUAUUUCUUGCCUGUUGUGAGAAUAUAUGGAAUCCAGGAGUGGGAUAAAAGUCUUGAUGUUGUAAAAGAAACUUUUAAACAGAUGGGCUAUAUUGUGGAAAUUGGCAGUACUACUAACUGGGAUGUAUUAUGGUCCUAUACCUAUCCAUUUCAUACUCUAGAAAGAGAAUUAGCAUUUCUUAAACCAACUCAGAAGGUGAAUCAUUUUCCUGGAAGUGGUUUCAUUACUCAGAAAAUGCAUUUUGCUAUGUUGCCUAUUAAUCACAUUCCAAAAUCUUUUCAACUUCCUGCUGGGAAAAACCAGUUUUUAGAAUAUGUUGCUACAAAUAUUGAGAAAACUUGGGUGUUAAAAAAUCCAAAUCACCGAGGCAUCAGAUUGCUGAAUGGAACUGAAAGUUUGGAUGCAAGUGGUUAUUUGAUUCAAGAAUUUGUGAGCAAGCCUCUGCUUAUCAGUGGGAAGUUUUCGGAAAUUUGCCUUGGUGUAUAUGUGAUGCAAACCAGCAUUGAUCCAUUGCGUGUAUAUGUAUAUUCAGGUGAUGUAUUACUAAGAUUUUGCAAGAAGGAUUACUAUCCCUUAAACCCAAACGAUUUUGAAUCAUAUAUUGUUGGUGAUGAUUAUUUACCUGUUUGGGAGGUUCCUGAUAUAAAGUACUACUACUCAGAAUUAAAUCUCACAGCAAAAGACUCUUUGAAUGCCUAUCUACAUUCUCUUGGGAAAGGCACAAAGAAAAUAUGGUCUCAAAUAUAUGAAACUAUACUUGAUGUAUAUUUUGAAACCGAAGCUGAUAUGAAAAGAAGUGCUAUGAUACUUGGAAAUUUAAGAAACUUUUUUGAGUUAGUCAGAUUUGACUUUAUUUUAGAUGAAAACUUGAACAUUUAUUUAUUAGAGGUUAACAUGUCUCCCAAUCUCUCUCCAGCUCAUUUUCCUCAAAACAGGCUACUUUAUGAACAAGUUCUCUUUAAUUCUCUCAGUCUCGUUGGUCUUGUGAGAAAAUUUCCCACAAACUCUGUCUACAGGGGAGAAGCCGAAGUAUCUGAAAAAGACAUUCAAGUUUAUCCUGAACAGUGUGCUUCUGCUAUUUGUCGAAAAUCUUGCAAGAAUAUUAAAUGUAUAACUUGUAACCAGUGUAUGAAUAGAGAACUGAGAGAAAUAGCAAAGGCUGCAUAUCGGGAAUUCUUAAAUAGAGGAAAAUAUCAACGAGUGAUUCCUCCAUCUGUUGUUCAAGGAAAUGAACUGAUUAUUAGAAAUCCUGAUGAAGUUUCUGAGAUGAAUUUGUUUAUGGAUACAUGGUUCAAAGGAAAGUGUUUACAGGGAUGAUACUUGGUGUAAAU